AUGUGGUCAAUUGUUAAUUUUACUAAUGAUAAUUCAGUUAGUGCAGUACCAAGUCAUUGGUGGAAAAACGGAUAUUGUGCAUGGCCUAAAAGUUCUACUAAAAAUGCAUCCUUGUUACUCCAAAGAAGAGCUAUUCCAAAUAAAUUUGAUUAUGAUUUUUUUAAAGCAAGAAAAAUCCACACUAAAAAUCCUAUUAAAACAUAUUCCGAGGCUAAAGAAAGAGCAAGAAAAGCACAAUUUACCUCAGACUUAUCUUCAGCUGAAGAAAAUUAUUCUAAUAGCCGCUUUAAUAAACAUAACAUAAAAAAACCUAGUAGUCCUCCAGUUUUCUCAGAUAAUGAUGAUGAAAGUGUAAAUAACUGUAUUUCUAGUAGCCAGUCAGAUGCAUUUCAGAAUAAAAUAAACAAAUCAAUCAAAAUUAGUAGUCAGAUUUUGCCAGAUAAUGAAUAUCAGGAAAAUAUAUUUGAAAAUAUAAAUAACAGCCAGUCUAUAAGUCAGCCUCGUAUAAUUGAUAAUGAAAGAAAUAAAACUACCAAAUCGCGUCGUCAAAUUUUGACAGAUAAUAUUGAUGAACUCAUAGAUGAUCAAGAUGACAGUGAUAUUGAUAAGUCAUAUGAACCUCCUAAUCAUAUCAAUGAAAUGAAUGAUAAUUUUGAUAUUAUCAAAAGUCCAGUUGGUUUAUGGAAAGUAUCUUCAGUUUCAGCUAAUGUAACUGUUAGUGAGUCUCAAAUUUUAAAUGACAACCAAAACAAGGAACAAGCAUUCAAAGACAAAACUCCUGAGAUUAUAAAUAAAGUUAGAAAAAGGCUUUUUAUGUCUGAUGGUUGUAUAGAAACAAAAAAACUAAAUUCUCAACAUAUAAUCUCAAGAGAUAAAGGCAAUAAAAUACAAUUGGGUACAGGCAAUUUAAGUAAAGAUCAUAUUAAUGUUUCUGCAGAUGUAAAUCUAAACGAUUUUAAAAGGUUUGAAGAAUAUGUAAAAACAUCAUUUACUAACUUAAAAUAUGAUAUUAAACAUUUAUCUUAUGUAUCCGAAUCUGUUCAAAAAAUGCUGGAAAAUAUUAAUAAUAUCCUAGAACAAGGUGUGACACGUAACACAAAUAUGAUUGCUACAAAUGUAUUAAACAAUGAAAACAUCCCUAUAUUUAAUGAAGAAACUCUACAGAAUUUUGAAAUAUUACUCGAGUCUUCUACACAUAGAGAUAACGUCGUUUCUGAAUUAUCACUGUCUGCUGGAAAAACUAUUCCUGAAACAAUCAGAAGAAUUAUGCAAAAAUUAUUUCAGGAUAACUGGUUGCGUAACUACUCAUACAUCGGGUUUAAAGGCAAAAAUAAAUUUUCAUCUCUACACUCUUGCAAAAUAAUUUUUGAAGCUGUACGACGUUGUUCAAAGUUUGAAAACACUCCUGAAAUAGAAAUAUCACUUGCCAUAAGCAAAUGGAUGGCUCAAGCCAAUAAUCGCAUUAUUAAAAAAAAUAAAGAU